UAAUAUGUUAAUUAGAUCGAACAGCAGAACGACAGCCCGGACGACCUUCCGGACAAAGCCGGGCUGCAAGGGCCGGCCGCGCCCCUUGCACGAAUUCUCGUAGAGAAAUAAAAAAACCAAAACCCCAGUCUGGAACCCCUUCCUGGCUGUACGACUCGGACAGUCACCGCCGUCUCUAAGCCUCCUUUCUUUCUUCUGAAAAAUGACACGAAGGGCACGUCCUAUCUGGCAGGUCCCGCGGGGACAGGAGUUAUCUGGGCGCCAGGAACCUCUGGGUUUUGCCUCUGGCGCCACCUGAGCGAGGGGUGGUGAGCCAAGUUGUCCGGGGGGCGGGGCCAAACAGGUAAAUGAGAUGUAAACCCCUUCCCUGCGCCUAAUCUCCGGAAAGGCUGACACGCCGCUGCUCUGGGCCCGGGCGGCCUGGGGACUGGACUAGUGCGGCCUUAUUUCCUUCCCACCCCCAACCCCCGAUCUCCAGGUCGGUGAUGCCGCCUAUUGCAGGUUCCAGCCAGUGUUCUCUUUGCGGACCUCAGUGAGCCACCUGUGCACGGGACCCCGGUGAUAAUGGCUCUUAAAUUCAGUGUACCUAACGGCACGGUGCAGGCUCGUCUGCAGCUUUUAGAAGACAACCGUUUUGUGGGGCUUUUAUUGAGAGAGAGAGAGAGAGAGAGAGAGAGAGAGAGAGAGAGAGAGAGAGAGAGAGAGAGAGAGAGAGAUUGCAGACGCCCGAACUAGGCAUGUGCCCGACCCCAAUCCAACAGGCAACUUCUCUGGUGUCCCAGAGGACGCUCCAACCAGCUGAGCCGGGCCCGGGCCAAGUUCCUUUUAAAAAACAACAAUGAAACAGGUGCUUAGGCCGGCGGUGGGGGUCCUUUAGAGACCUCGAGGGGUCCCUGGAUGGAGCUACCACGCCCUUGCCCCUCGUGGGGGCCACCCUCCCCUCACUGGCCCCGCCCCACGCCGGCCCCUCCCCGCCAGCACCCGAAGCCGGGAGGGGGCGCCCCAGGGUCCUCCAAAGGAGGAGAAAACACCGUCUCAAGUUUGCGCAGAGCUCCCUCUUCCCCAUUGCGACCUGUACCCCGAAGCUCCUGAAGUCACCCCAACUUUCAAGCACCCCUGCGACCCCGCCCCCUUCAGGACCCCCGCCACCCGCAGCUCCCCUGCACCCCGAAAAUCUCUGACUCCUCGACGGCCCCCGGCCCGCCCGCGCCAUGGCCCGCUCCUACAGCGACCGGGUGCUGGCCGCGCUGAUCCUGCUGGGCGUCCCGGCGGCCGUCCUGGCGGCGCUGGGCGCGCAGCUGCUGUUCCAGCUGCAGGCCGGCCGCGCGGAGCUGCGGGGGACGCGAGCGGACGGGCUGGGCCCGGAGCUGGGCGCGGGCCCGGGGCUGCCCGAGGACGCGGCCGGGGCGCUGCUGCCGCUGGCCGCCGCGCUCGCCGCGCUGGCCCUGGUGCUGAGCCUCACCUGCCUGCUGCUCGCCGCGCUCUGCGGCCACCUGGGCGCCGAGCUGGCCAGGGGGCCCGGCCCCGGCAGGUCUGACUGGUUUUUCUAUGACUGCCGCCUCCUCAGACAUGUGGCCGUGGGCCUCUUCUGCUGUGGGGUCUCCGUCUACUUAGCAGGACUGUCCAUCUAUGCUCUGCUGCUCUUCGAGAUCGAGGCGGGAGCAGCAGCCGCCUCCAUCCUCGGCUUGGGCGCCCUGGCCCUGGUGGCCGUGCUGACCCACGCGCUGCUCCGGGCUGCCCAAGCCACCCGCCGGGGUCUCCGUGAGCUGUCCCCACCGCACUUCGAAGAUGACCCUGCCCGCUCCGCUGAAGUCUCCAAGGCCAGCCCCAGGGCUCCGCCCCAGCAGGGUACCCACCACCAAAUCCCCUACUCAUUCUGCCCAGAACCUGGGGACCCCCUCAGACCCUCAGUCACUGCCUCCAUGUCUGCAACGGUGGGGGGUGUCCGGGAGAGCAGCCUGUCUGCAUCCUGCAUGCACCGGACACUGUUGGUCAGUGGGGGGCCCUGGGACGGGGUCACCCAUGAGAUGCGCAGCAUGCUGGGACAUAAGCCAGGGGGGUUGGGGAAAGAUUCCACACUGGUGUGAGCUCAGGGGUCAGGGACAGAGAGCUGGUGUGAGGCAGUGGGAAGAGCAGUGUGCAGAGAUCAGUCACAGUAGCAGUACAACUUGUUCUCUUUCAGUUCACAGCAUCCCUCAAAGUUGCCUCAUGGCACAAAAUGGCUGCCAGGGCUCCAGCCUUCACAUCCUCAUUCAGAGAGAAAGGCAGAGGCCAGGGCUGGCUCAGCAUCUUUCCAAAGUCUUCCUGGGAGGCCUUGGGACCUUUCUGCUUAUUUCACAUUGAUCAGGCCAUGGCCACAACUUGCUGCAGGGGAGACUGGGAAAUGCAGCGACGCAGACAGUGAGGUUCUGGGAUAGGCAGGAGGGGCGGGUGGGGCUUAGGCAGCGGGUCUCUAAAUGUCUCCGUCCAUUUUACAGAUGAGGAAACCGAGGCCCAGAGAGGGGCAGUGACUCACCACGGGUCCCCCGGCCAGUACUGAGCAUCAGAGCCAGGUCCUGUAACCCCCAUGCUGCUGACAGUGCAAGUCUCUGCGCCUCCUUCCCGUCUGUGAGCAUGUGAAACCUGUGUGUGCAGAGCUCAGAGCAGCCCAGGGCCACGCAGCCCUGCAGGGCUGCACCCAGACUCCUGGCUGUGGGUCCGUGGUGAGGGCUCACCACUCCGUGUCUCAGUUUCCUUGUCUGUAACGUGGGGACAGAAUCGAUCCCUCUGCCUAGGGCUCCCAUGAGACUCCGUGUAAGCCAUUCCGGGGGCCUGUGCACAGUAGGUUGUCAAUGUGUGGCAGCCGGUGCUGCUGUCAGCCGGGGCGCCUGGUGGCUGAGAAAGAUGAGUUGAUGGCCAGUUUGUGGGGCUCAUGGAACUGGCAGGGCUUGGAGUGGAUAACUCAGAGUCCCAGGGGUCUCCAGAGGCCCUGGCCCCACUCCCAUCCUGCAAAUAAACUCUGGCCCGCACUAUCU